CCUGUAUGCCAUCGCUCCCGCGGAUCAACAUGGCUGCUGCUUCCCUUCGUGUCCUCGUCCUCCUCCUCGCCGUCUCGAUGUCCUCCCUCCGGCGCACCGCCGCCACGGUCACCGUGGAGGAGGCGUGCAAGCAGUACACGAAGCACCCGGAGUUCUGCGUGACGGCCCUGUCGUCGGCGGACCCGGCGAUGAAGGAGGCGGCCGUACAGGGCGGCCUGCCGGGGCUGGCGGAGCUGUCGCUGUCGCUGGCGGCGCAGCGCGGCGCGGAGACGGUGACGUUCGUGAAGGGCCUGGCCAACAUGCCCGGCGGGAUGCCGCCGGAGUGCCUGCAGGACUGCCUGAGCAAGUUCCAGUCGGCGGUGGCCGACCUGCAGCGGUCCAAGACGGCGAUGCAAGAGUCCAAGGACGCGUCCGCUACCGGCGUGUCGUCGUGGCUGGCGGCGGCGAAGACGGACGGCGACUCGUGCAUGAGUAACUGCCACAGAAUAGAGGGCGGCGGCGAGCUGGUCAUCGUCGACAAGAUCUCGGACCUCAGCAAGAUGUGCUCCAUCGCCCUCUCCCUCGCCGAUGCUUCCGUUCAUAAUCGCAACGCAACUGGCAACGCAUGAGAAGACGGAUGCUUGCAUGGUCCAUUAUUGGCACGUGUCUUUUAACCUGCCACACCUUGUUGCAUUUUUCCUGUUCUAUUGUACAACGUAGUAAUGACCAAUUUAUAUGUGUUUUCAAUGAAUUGUACCUCUUCAAGCGAUUUUAAAAAAUACAUAUCAUGA